CGCCUUGCGAAAGCGCGCCCCCGCCUUCCUCCUCAGCCGAGGCUAAUUUUUUUUUCUUCUUCUUCCCCUGGCUCGUGAGCGCGCCCCGGCCAUGCCGCGCAGUGUUAAAAAGAAGGUGGCGCUGGAUGUGAUGAAGGGAAGGCGAGGAGAGAUUUCUCAGUGACCGGGAGGAGAGACGAGCACGGGACGUGUCCUGACCGGAGAGGAGAGACAGACGGUGGCGCCGGCCUGGGCAGCGCAGGCUUGAAUGGCUCGGGAUAAAGGCCAGCGUAUAGAAUGACUAAGCACCCACCUAACCGAAGAGGGAUCACUUUUGAAGUUGGAGCACAACUGGAAGCACGCGAUAGACUGAAGAAAUGGUAUGCCGCCCAUAUUGAAGAAAUAGACUAUGAAGAAGGUAAAGUUCUGAUCCAUUUUAAACGAUGGAAUCACAGAUACGAUGAAUGGUUUUGCUGGGACAGCCCAUACCUCCGUCCCUUAGAGAAGAUACAGCUAAGAAGGGAAGGCCUAAUAGAAGAGGACCCCCCUGUGGCGUUUCGUGUGAAUGAACAAGUCUUGGCCUGUUGGUCUGACUGCCGAUUCUACCCAGCAAAAAUAACAUCUGUAAACAAGGAUGGCACUUACACAGUUAAAUUUUUUGAUGGUGUUGUUCAAACCGUCAAAAAUAUUCACGUAAAGGCCUUUUCCAAGGAUCAGGCGAAUGAGUCUCGUUCAAAGCCAAAGGAGAAAACCGUAGAAAGCACUUCACCUCCUGAGAGGCACAGGGGAAAAUUUAGAGAACAGAGAAAAUCUUCAGAGAAUGCCACCAUAGAGAAAGAGAAACCUCAAAGCACAGAUAAGAAGCCAUCCCAGCCAGAAAAAGACAAGAAGCCGAUUGCCACCGAAAAAGUCAAGCCCCCUGAGAAAAACUUUGUGAAAAAUGAGAAGGAGGACAAAGAAAACAUAUCGGAGAAUGAGAGGGAAUCCCCCGCUGAAACCCGUGCGGCGGAGGAGAAGGGCGGACAGACUGACAACCUUAAAGCAUCACUGGAAAAUGGAGAGCGGAGGAGGAAACGGGAACGUUCAUCUUCUUCUCUGCCAUCUGAUUCUUCUUCACAGACCCUUCAACCAGUCACAUUGGAAUUGAGGAGGAGAAAAAUCUCUGUUGGCUCUGAAAUUCGUCCCAAACGCCCACGCCUGGAGAAAAAAAAAAAUGUUACUGUAGAUCCACCUUCAAAAAAGGAAAAUGGGUCUGAUGAGGAUACACAACCUCAAGAAGAAGACGAAGAAGCUGAGGAGGAAAAGGAUAGCAAGCCCUCUCCGAUUGAGAGUCCAGAGGACCAGAAUGCUAUGGAGGUUACCACGUCUGUUGUUGAGACAGAAUCCUCACCGGAGUGUAGUACUUCACCAGAGGAACAAGAAGUGAAGCCAGAGGAGUGUGCCUUGGCAGAGAAGCCAGAGGAGUGUGCCUUGGCAGAGAAGCCAGAGGAGUGUGCCUUGGCAGAGAAGCCAGAGGAGUGUGCCUUGGCAGAGAAGCCAGAGGAGUGUGCCCCGGCAGAGCCUGAAACUCCCGAAGUGAAGGAGCCGCCAUUAGUAGAAGAGUCGGUAGAGCCUGUCGAAACCAAUGUUGUGAAUGGCGUUCCAGAGGUCAAACCAGACGAGACCAAACCAGAAGAGAAAGACCCUCCUGUACAAGAAGAUGCUGAAGAGGUCCCGGCUGUCCCCGCAGUAGCAGCUCCUAUGAAGCUGAAUCGACGGUCUGACAGUUCUGCUAGAUACAGUAGAGAACCUUUAACAAAUACUUUGAAGAAACUUGAUGAUCCAGCUACCAAAGCGGUUACCUUGGAACUGGAACCCAACAAGUUUAAAUGCAAGAUUUUGGAUUGCUCCAAAUCUUUUCGCAAAGCCAAAUUGCUGCAUUACCAUAUGAAGUAUUUCCAUGGCGUUGACAAGUCAGAGCAGGAUCAGAGUCCUGUCACGAGGCAUAUGCAGACAAGAGGCUCUUUAGCUCACGAAAAGGCCAUUCAGCAAAGCUCAAAGAGAAGACGCACCACAUCCGGUUCUCUGCAUACUCCACUUCAGAUUUCCCUAAGAAGCUCACCCCAUGACGGCAAGGAUAGAUUGUGUGAAAAGAGGCGUCAUUCAAGCCCAGCCACAAACAGUUCAAAUUCCCACCGACCGUCCCUAAAAGACAAAAGCAAGGAGAACUUGAUCCAGAAGGCUCAACGCAAGCCAGACAAGCUGUCUGAAAGUGUUAAAGAAAAAGUAAGAGAAAAGUUCAAAGAUUUAUUGAGUCUGAAGUCAAAGAAAAAGAAGAAGAAAAAGAAAGCAAAGUCAGAGCUGUCUGGUAGUGAAGAGAACAUAGAGAUUUCUAAGGAGCUCUCACCAAAAAAAAUACAACCUUCAAAGCUCAACAGUGAUUAUAAGACCCCGUGUUCCGGUAAAAGCAGCGAUCAUGGACGCCGACCAGAUACAAGACUAAGUGCAGAUGAGGAGACGCUCAGCGAUUCUUGCACGGAAAGCUUGCUUUGGAGUGAUGAGGAUUACAACGAAGAGAUCGAUGUCACGCAUGCUGAUGACGAUAUCGAUGACGAGGAGGAUGGCGACUGCGCUCUUGUGCGCUGCAUGUGCGAGGUGCAGGAGGAAAAUGAUUUCAUGAUUCAGUGUGAACAGUGCUUGUGCUGGCAGCAUGGUGUCUGCAUGGGCUUGUUAGAGGACAGCGUUCCUGAGAAAUAUACCUGCUAUAUUUGCCAGGAUCCUCCAGGCCAGCGUUUGAGUCUGAAGUACUGGUACGAUAAGGAUUGGUUAAACGAGGGCCACAUGCCUGGCUUGUCCUUCUUAGAAGAAAAUUAUUCUCAUCAGAAUGCAAAGAAAAUCGUGGCCACCCACCAGCUCUUGGGAGAUGUGCAGCGAGUAAUUGAGGUCUUGCAUGGUUUGCAACUGAAAAUGAGUAUAUUACAGAGCAAGGAACACCCGGACUUAAAGUUUUGGGGCCAACCUUGGAAACAGCACAUGGUGAGCGAUAAAUGUUACAUCAGACGUAAUGUGGAGGAGAACUCGUGUAAAGAAGAUUCCAUGAAUUACAGGACUUACAAUGGCGCCACCGAUAAACCUCCCCCUAUUCCUUCCGUGGAGGAGUCUUAUAUCACCAGCGAGCACUGUUAUCAAAAACCUCGGACCUAUUACCCUGCAGUAGAACAGAGACUGGUUGUAGAAACAAGGAGCUCGUCUUUGGACGGAGGGGUGGACCGGAUACGGCAGAGCAGGGAAGACUCCAUAGCAGAAAGACUCGGGUGGGAAUUGGACAGAGAACUGUUGAAAUCGGAGAGCGAAUCCAAACAUAAUUAUUGUAAGGUCCGAGAAUGCUUAUCGAAGAGAAAUCCACCCCAAGAAUCGCCUCACACACAGCCCAUGGACAAUGGAGAUGCUACAGUCAGUUCACAGCUGCAGUGGCAGCUCAAUCUCUUGUCUCAUCUAGAAUCGCUGCAGGAUGAAGUCACACACAGAAUGGAUCUAAUAGAGAAAGAACUUGAUGUCCUAGAAAGCUUCUUGGACUACACCGGGGAAUUGGAGCCCCCAGAACCUCUCGCAAGGCUUCCUCAGCUUAAACACCGGAUCAAACAGCUUCUUAUGGACCUUGGCAAAGUGGAACAAAUUUCUCUAUGUUCAACAUGAAGAGACUGGAGCUGGUAAAGAAAACCGCUCCAAAAAAAGAAAAGGAAUCGAGGCCUCCGGCACCGCAGAUCCUUGAGUAGCAUGUGGACUGCAUGUGCUGUGGACACACACACUGUUGCGGGAUGGAGGCUUUAAAUUAUGCUCCUCAUGAAAUGAGCAAGAUGUUAAUACUGACUGGUAACAGGCUAGAAUCGUACUCGAAUGUAGUAAUGAGGCUUGUAUGAAUUGUUUGUUCUGUUUUUUUUUUGUU